AUGUCAAAUCAUAAAGAAACACCUAAGGUUUCCACGGCGGGAGGGUUUGUUGCCGGAGCUUUAGCAGCUUGUGGAGCUGUUACUUUCACCAAUCCUAUUGAAUUAAUUAAAACUAGAAUGCAAUUACAAGGAGAGUUAACCAAAGCUGAUGCACAUAUUCCCAAAGUAUAUAAGAAUCCCAUUCAAGCUUUUGGAGUCAUUUAUAGAAAUGAAGGGAUAAAAGGUUUACAAAAAGGUUUAGUUUCUGGAUAUCUUUAUCAAAUUGGUUUAAAUGGUUGUAGAUUUGGUUUUUAUGAACCAAGUAGACAAAUUUUAUCCGAGUUUUUCUAUCCUGAAGCUUUUGCAAAAGGUCAAAUACCUCAAAAUAUGGCUAUUAAUGUAUCGUCUGGUUUUAUUUCUGGUGUUUGUGGUGCCAUUGUUGCUAAUCCAUUAUUUUUGAUCAAAACUAGAAUGCAAUCAUAUAGUGCAGCUGCUAACGUUGUAAGUAAUGCAUCCGCUGACGCUCCAAAAAUUCAAUCAGUUGGUCAACAAACCUUUUAUAAAAGUCCAUGGGAUGGUUUAAAGAAAAUUUAUACCAGUGAAGGUAUCAAAGGUUUAUUUAGAGGAGUUGAUGCUGCCAUUUUAAGAACCGGUGCAGGAUCAUCUUGUCAAUUACCUUCAUAUUUUUAUGCUAAAAAUCUUGUUGUUUCCAAUAAUAUAGCAGCCCCAGAUUCAAUCUUAACUCAUUUCUUAUCAUCAUCAGCUGCUGGAUUGGUUGUAGCUGUUGUUAUGAAUCCUUGGGAUGUUAUAUUAACUAGAGUUUAUAACCAAAAGGGAGAUUUAUACAAAGGACCUGUUGAUUGUUUCAUCAAAACAUUCAAAACUGAAGGUCCAACCGCAUUUUAUAAAGGAUUCUGGGCUCAAUUAUUCAGAAUUGGACCUCAUUCAAUCCUUACUUUAAUGUUCAUGGAACAAUCAAUGAAAUUUGUAGCUGAAGUUGAAUCGUUUUUUUAA